AUGACCAAAGAUAUGACUGAUAACACCAUUGUUUCACAGAAGAACACAGUCCUCCGGCGAGGGAAACUUUCCUUUCUCCUCCGUAGUUCGGAACCAAACGUUUUUAUUACAACCCACGACCAACCGGAAAACACCGUAGAUCAUCGCCGUAGCAACGCUUCAUCUCUUAGUCCUGUCUUGUCUUCAACUUCGUCCCCGGUUCAUUUCAUGUCACCCAUCAACCAGAUGCCCUCACCCUACACGAAAUCUCCAUGGAUUCUUCCAUUCAUUAACGGCGACGAUGGAAACAUCCAGAAUACUGGUUUGAUCGGCUCGUUGAUACGUGAAGAGGGUCAUAUUUAUUCGUUAGCGUCGUCAGGUGAUUUGUUAUACACAGGUUCCGAUUCUAAAAACAUUCGGGUGUGGAAGAAUUUUAUGGAGUUUUCUGGUUUUAAAUCCAGUAGCGGAUUAGUGAAAACCAUCGUUGUUUCCGGUGAUCGGAUAUUUACCGGCCACCAGGACGGCAAAAUUCGGGUCUGGAAGUAUUUGGAUAAGAAGAAGAAAGCUUACAAACGGGUCGGUAAUUUACCCACAACGAAAGACUACAUCAAGAGCUCCCUGAACCCUAAUAAUUACAUUGAAGUAAGACGACGACGCAAUGUUCCGUGGAUAAAGCACUACGACGCCGUUGCGUGCAUGAGUUUGGAUGAAGAAAGAGGGUUAUUAUAUUCAGGAUCGUGGGAUAAAUCUUUUAAAGUUUGGAGGCUUUCGGAUUCGAAAUGCUUAGAGUCCGUACACGCCCACGAAGACGCCAUUAAUUCCUUCGUCGUCGGUUUUGACGGUCUAGUUUUCACCGGUUCCGCCGACGGAACGGUGAAGGUGUGGCGGAGGGAGUUAGUAGGGAAGACCAUGAAGCACCUUAUGAUUCACACUCUUUUGGAUCAAGACAGCGCUGUUACGUCUCUGGUGAUCAACGCCGCCGAGGCCACCGUGUACGCCGGAUCCUCCGAUGGCCUUGUUAACUUCUGGGAACGAGAAAAGCAAACGUUAUCCCACGGCGGCGUUCUUAGGGGACACAAGCUCGCAGUUCUUUGUCUUGCAGCGGCCGGAAACUUGUUGUUGAGUGGGUCGGCGGACAAGAGCAUCUGUGUGUGGCGGAGGGACGGUGGCGGCAUUCACACAUGUUUGUCGGUCUUGAACGGCCACACCGGACCUGUGAAAUGUCUGGCGGUUCAGGAGCCGGUCGAAGAUGAUGAUCAGAAUAAUCAAGAUUGGAUUGUGUACAGCGGCAGUCUAGAUAACUCGGUGAAGCUUUGGCGGGUGUCGGAACAGCCAUUAAUAUGCAACUGUUGAGAGGCAUGU